AUGCACUAUAAUACUACGGAGGCAGCCGAGUCAUCGUUGAGACUAUAUCAGAUUGGCCGCAAGUUUCGAGACGAAAUCCGGCCGCGAUUUGGUCUUUUGAGAGCAAGAGAGUUUGUGAUGAAGGACAUGUAUUCCUUUGAUGUAACGUACGAUUGUGCGUGGCAGACGUACCAAGACGUUACUUCUGCUUACAAUGAAAUCUUGAUAUCAAGGCUUAAGCUGCCAGUGAAACGCGUGGAAGCUGAUUCGGGAAAUAUUGGCGGCCAUUUGUCGCAUGAGUUCCACGUGCUAGCAGAUGUUGGUGAAGACGCGAUUUUGUCCUGCUCGUCGCCUGCGUGCGACUAUGCGGCUAACGUGGAGAAGGCAGAGGGAAUGUUUCCGUCAUAUGGUGAAAAUCUGACGGAACAAAGUGACGAGAUCUCUGCAGAGCUAAGCGCCAUCAUUGCAAAAGUUGAGGAACAGGCUCGUUCUGGACAUGAACAAGUGUGGAAGUCUUUGAUGGAGCUUCAUGAUGUUGCAGGUGUGCAAGGGUUUUCGUAUAAAUUAGUGCUAGAGCAGGCAGCAAGCAAGGACUCUAAUGCUGCUAAAAACAACGGCAACGAUGAUGGCAGUUCACUGCCUCGAAUGGCUUUGUGCUUUGCACGACAUGAUCGUGAGGUGAAUGAAUUGUUAGUGAAGCCAUUUCUUGGUGGGGAUGAAGGCGACGUGAUUGAAAACAAAACAAAGGUCGCUGAACUGCUUACAAAGCUUCAGCAGACAACAGAAUUACAUUUGCUUUUGGAUGAUUCGCUGAGACAUGGCAAACACAUUACCCCAGCGGUAAAAUCUCUAUGUAUCGUUGCAGAGACCCUGUCGAAACAACAACAUCAUAUUCAUCUUGUCUGGGGCCACUUUCGUUUGGCACAAGCUGGUGAUUGUUGUCCUCGCUGUAAUGGUGCUGCAGUGCUUGAAGGCAAGCGUGGGAUUGAAGUUGGUCAUGUUUUCUAUCUUGGACAAAAAUACUCGAAACCAUUUGGCGCAAUGUACACCGACAUGAAGAAUAACAAACAUCCGUUAGAGAUGGGCUGCUAUGGUCUUGGUGUUAGCCGGCUAGUAGCUGCAGUGGUCGAAGCCUCACACGACGACUAUGGUAUCGUAUGGCCGACUGAAAUUGCUCCGUACAAGGUUCUCAUCAUGUCCAUUGGUGGUAAGACGCAGGAUGAUGUCACAUCUCAAACAGCAUGGGCAAUCGGAAAGGAGCUUGCUUCUGGCAGCGUAACUGGUCUAGUAAGAGACGAUAUACUGCUUGAUGACCGUUGGGACGAACGUCCAGGCUCUAAAUUAGUCGAAUCCGAGCUUAUUGGAUAUCCCUAUCGUAUUGUUAUUGGCAAGCGGUUCCGGACUGAAAAUCUCGUGGAACUUCAAAUCCGAGCGACGAUGGAAAAGCGAUUGCUACCACUUCAUGAACUUUCAGCUUUUUUUACUCACCAAGUUGGAAAGUUAUAA